AAUUUCGAAUUUUUUUUCUUCUCUGCCAAAAAUUCCAGCAAAUCAAAUCAACGAAUCAAAUCAAAAACAAACAAACAAAAAAAAAUUCCACAACUGCUGCUGUAGUGUGUGAAUUCUGAUUCUGAUUCCACCACACACCAUUAUCAUUCGAUACAGAAAAACAAGUGCAAAAACAUAGUAUUAACGAUCAAAUAAUCAUAAUAAUCAUAAAGACCAAAACAAAAAAACAAUCAAAGAAAUUUACAGCAAAAAAAAUGGCAAUUAAACGUCGUACCGGUUCGGUGAAAUCACCACCAAUAUUAUCACAUGAAUUUUUCAUACAAAAUCAUGCUGACAUUAUAUCCUGUCUGGCAAUGAUUAUUGUUGUUUCAUUAUUAUUUCAAGCCACAUCACCAUAUGCUGCCUAUUUUGUUGCAUUACAACAUAAUACAACCGAAGCAUUAGGCAAUCCAAUGGCAUUAUAUUCGAGUGGACCAAAAGAUUUAUGUGUUAUAUUCUUUUAUUUUUUAAUCAGUAUCGUUAUACACGCCGUUGUACAGGAAUAUAUUAUCGAUAAAAUCAAUCGAAAACUUCAUCUUUCUAAAACAAAACAUUCAAAAUUUAAUGAAAGUGGUCAAUUGCUUGUAUUCUUUUUACUAUCAAUCGUAUGGGCCGGUGAAAUAUUACGUCGUGAAGGUUUUCUAUUACCAUUACAAAGACUUUGGCAAGAUUAUCCUGAACGACAUGUCGAAAUGCCAUAUAUUAAUAAAUAUUAUUUUAUCGUACAAAUUGCCUAUUGGUUACAUGCAUUUCCUGAGCUUUAUUUUCAAAAAGUUAAACGUGAUGAACUAGUUCAUCGUGCUAGUUAUUCAUUGUUGUAUCUGUUUUUAUUUAUUGCAGCCUAUUAUUUGAAUUUCACACGAAUUGCAUUAUGCCUGUCAUUGAUUCAUUAUCUAUCCGAAUCAUUUUUUCAUCUAUCACGGCUUUUAUAUUUUUCUAACAAGACUAAAAUCUCUGGCUAUAUUUUCAACAUUUGGAAUGUUAUAUUCGUAUUGGUACGUUUCUUAUCCAUCAGUGUUUCAGUGUUAACAUUCUGGUAUGGUUUUGCCGCCACAUCAUCACCAUCUGUUGAUUUUGCAACAGGAAAUUUUAAUACACCAUUGAUUCGUUUGUUUUGUUUGACCACCAUUGGUUUUCUUCAAGCAUGGAUGAUGUUGAAUUUCAUUACAUUCCAUUUGCAACGUUUACGUGAACGUGCAGCUGAAAUUGCACGACGAAAAAAAAAUGUUCAUCGUCCACAAAAAAUGCUUGAUGCCGAUAUUAAUGAUCUGCCCGAAGUUGAUCAACAACAAUCAACAGUUCAAACAAAUCAAAUUGCUUCAUCGGUUACCGCCACCACCACCACAGCUAAUGCUGCCGUAUCCGCUAAUUCUUCGAAACAACUUCAUUCACCAAAAUCUACGGGAAAACUAAAGGUUAAAUAAAGGAUUCAUAUAUAAUCAUGAGAACAUGAUGAAUGAUCAUUAUCCAAAUUAUAACCAAAAAAAAACGUAAACGUUAAAACCAAAAAAAACAAACAAUGGACCACAAAAAAAAUCUGAAAUCCUUUCGAUCAACAACCACAUAUAUGAUACUCUUCCCACCUGUAUCCAUCAAUCAAUUAAUCAAUCA